GAAGCUGGUCUGUAGAGACUUCCUGUGCCUUGACUUUACAGAAGCAACAUGGCGAACUCCGGAGUGACCGCAGAUGGAGGGGAUCUGAUGCGAUACGCGGAAUAUGGUCCCAAAACAGCCCCCAGAAGUGAUGCAGAAAUAGACAGAAGACUGGGGGGCACUCUGAUCGCCGUCGGUCUUGGUGUAGCUGCCGCUGGAUUUGCUGGGCGCUAUGCCUUCCAGCUGUGGAAACCCCUGGGGCAGGUGUUUUCUCAGAGUGUCAAGAAAAUGCCGUCUCUUGCUUUCUCUCCGUAUUACAAAGGUGGAUUUGAGCAGAAGAUGACCAAACGAGAGGCCAGUCUGAUUCUCGGCAUCAGCCCGACCAGCACCAAGGCCAAAGUCCGAGAGGCACAUCGCAAAGUCAUGGUCCUCAACCACCCAGACAAAGGUGGAUCGCCGUACAUCGCCGCUAAAAUCAACGAAGCGAAAGACCUUAUGGAUAAAGACAUUAGACGAUGACACCUUCAUAUUUUCACUGUACAUUUUACAUUUGACAUCAUAACCUGUCAAGCCAUUCCAGAAGAGUUUAUUUAAAUAGCAUCUUUAUUUAUUGCAAUUUUAAUCAACAAUACAAGAUAUCUCCAAAUGCAGUUGUAUCAGAGCCUUGGUUGUGUUCAGUGACCUUUUGAAUAAUGGAACUGGGUUAUUUUAAAGGGCAUUGGUUGGAGCAUGGGUCAGUCCAUAACACUGAUCAAAUGUAAAAUGGAAAAUACUCGAAAUGUAUGUGAGGAAGUUACUCAAAUGGUUUUGUAAAUAAACAGAAUGGAAAAUGAA